AUGAGUCAAAGACUUCAAUCCGGGCGCUGGACUGACGAAGAGCACAAGCGAUUUCUUUUUGCCUUACAAGAGUACGGCAGAAAUUGGAAACUAAUUUCGCAGACAGUUGGCACAAGAUCCAGUAGCCAAAUAAAAUCCCAUGCUCAAAAGUAUUUCAUAAGUUUGCAAAAAGAGCACAGCGAGCCUACACAAGUUAAGGUGCCAAAUAGAAUCCCAAAACUACUAUACCAAGCGAUUGCUCAUUUACAGUUUGCUUAUCUUUUCCAAUCAAUGACGGACUCAUAUAAAUCUGAGUCCCAAGAAGAAAAAGAAGAAGAGGAUGAUGAUGAUGAUGAUCUGGUCAAAGAGAUAGGUGUAAGUCAAGAAGCUAGCUCAAUAAUCAUAUAAAUUUAUUAAUUUCUUGAUAUUUUUUAUAUUGUUGAAACUAUAAUAUUUAUUAGGAUAAAGGGGUAAGAUUUAA